AUGGUCGGCGGCUUCGGCGUUCUUUCCGCCUCAGUCGCGAAGUCGACCGUGACCGAGUUCUUGGGCACCAUGGCAGCCUCUGCGGACGUGUUGGCCAUGGCCAAGGUCGAGCUCGACAUCAACUCCAUCCCCGAGGGCAAGAAUGUCAUCAUCAAAUGGCGCGGCAAGCCCGUCUUCAUCCGCCACCGGACGCAGGAUGAGAUUGAGGAGGCGCGCUCCGUUGACUGGAAGAGCCUUCGGGACCCGCAGCCGGAUGAAGCCCGGGUUAAGAAGCCGGAAUGGCUGGUGAUGCUGGGUGUGUGCACCCAUCUGGGUUGUGUACCUAUCGGCGAGGCUGGCGAUUACGGAGGAUGGUUCUGCCCUUGCCACGGUUCUCACUACGACAUCUCUGGCCGUGCUCGUAAGGGGCCUGCUCCUCUCAACCUCGAAGUCCCCGAGUACUCGUUCAACGAUGCGGAGGGCAAACUCGUCAUCGGAUAG